GCCAACACAAACCACACAAGCAACGCAAGAGAGAGAAAAGAACACAAGCAACCGCCCCCACGCGUCUACCUCUCAGCCUUCCUCUUCAGCCUUACAAAAGUCCGCCCAUUUCCUUAACAUUGGAUAAGCUAAGCGGAACUCGAACCCCACUCUGCCUCUGCAAAACCUCCCACUUCCUUCGGCAUGAUUUAGCCAAGAAAAGCUUUCCACCGAUAGGAAUCCUUGUUUCCAAUAGACACAUAUAACACUAACACUUUAUUGUAUACAAUGGCAGCGGUUACGUCUGUAUCUCUCUCGGCGAUUUGCUGGACGUACGGUGAGAGGAAAGUCAAUACCUCAUCGGCGAUCUAUUUGGGUUCAAAUUUUGAUGGGGUUCGAUUCCGGUCCAGCAUUUCGUGUAAUUGUGUGGGUGUUCGGGCUUCCAGUUCCAGUUCUCGUUUGGUUGUCCGGUGCAUGUCUACUGCUUCUGAUCUGCCUACUGUGUCCGAGACAAAGUUUAAAUUUUUGAGAGCAUAUAAGCGUCCAAUUCCAAGUGUCUAUAACACAGUUUUGCAGGAGCUGAUUGUGCAACAACAUUUGAUGCGGUAUAAGAGGUCAUAUAGGUAUGACCCUGUAUUUGCACUUGGUUUUGUUACUGUAUAUGAUCAGCUCAUGGAAGGCUACCCAAGUGAUGAGGAUCGAGAUGCCAUAUUUCAAGCUUACAUAAAGGCACUGAAUGAGGAACCAGAACAAUACAGAAUUGAUGCCCAAAAGUUAGAAGAGUGGGCUCAGUCUCAAACUGCCAGUUCAUUAGUCGAGUUUCCAUCAAGAGAAGGAGAAGUUGAGGGCAUACUAAAAGAUAUUGCUGAAAGAGCUAGGAGUAAGGAGAGUUUCAGCUACAGCCGUUUCUUUGCUGUUGGGUUGUUUCGCCUUCUUGAGCUGGCAAAUGCAACUGAACCUACUGUAUUAGAGAAGCUUUGUGCUGCCUUAAAUAUCAACAAGAGAAGCGUGGAUCGUGACCUUGACGUAUAUAGGAAUCUGCUUUCCAAACUGGUUCAAGCGAAGGAGUUGCUAAAGGAAUAUGUGGACAGGGAGAAAAAGAAGAGAGAAGAAAGGGCAGAAUCACAGGCUGCUAAUGAGGCCAUCAAAAAAUGUUUGGGGGAGUACCAAUAUGUGAAAAACUAGUUUGCUCAUUAUCGGCUGCAAAUCUUCACGGUAGAACACGAAACUGGUUUAAGAACCAAAAUGUCAGCUUGCGGCUCUGCGUUUUGGCAGUGUACUGUUUUCAAAUACAAUAAUGUACACCUUAACCAUGUUCGUAUAUGUUCAAUACUACGUACUUACACAUAUAUUUUUGUUCAUAAGGUUAAAACCUCAUUUUGGUCUUUUUAUUUUAACAAGAAGUUAAGGUUAAAACCUCAUUUUGGUCUUUUUACUUUAACAAGAAGUCCAUUUUUAGUCUCUCUACUUAAGAAAGUCUAUUUUUGGUCUCUAAAGUUUAUUAUCUAGUCUCUUUUUAGUGCUUUUAUUACUUUUUGGCACACAUGACAUGCUAAAUGAUGGAAGAACUAAAAAGGAGUUUUUUUAUAGUUGAAGGAUUAAAAAGAAGAUUUUUUGUUCUUUUUUAAUUUCUUUACUUUAUAAUUUUCAUUAUCUAACGUGUACCGUGUGCAAAAAAAUAAAGAUUAAGAGAAGGUUAGAUAAUAAACUUUAGGGGACUACAAAGGGAUUUUCUUAAGUAAAUGACUAAAAAGAGAUUUUUUUUGUAAAAAUAAAGGGACCAAAAAUGA